AAAAAAUAAUAAUUGAAAAAUUCAAGAAAAAAAAAUAAUAAUCAUAAUAUGUCGUAUAUUUAGCUGCUUCGGAAAGGCCCAGCUUUAACAAGAUGCUGAUAGUUGAUUGAUGUCUUUAACCCUGGCUUGAUCCCGCUCGUCCUUCUUUCUUUCAGUUCCUCCUUGACAUAUCCACCAACAACAGGAACAUGUUCACUUGCCCUGUCUUUUGUUGCCUGCUUGUUUUCUCCCGCUAUUAUCCCCUUGCCACUCGUGACUCAACUAUAAGGCACGCAACAACAGGUGGAAACUGACGCCUGCAAGUUCGUUCGUGGAGCGAAGGACGACGGUAGCCAGUGAUCUUGUAACAUCCCAGCUUUCCCAACCAUUGGUCAAGGACCCCCAAAGCGGAAAAUAAGGCAGCACUAGUUAGACCGACUCUCUUUCCCUCGCCCUUAUUUUUUAUUAUUUCUUGUCAGGGAGCUUCCCACCCUUUCUAGAUCAGAGCGGUACUGUACCACAUUGGGACAGACGAAGCUUUUCCUUUCCUUGACCUGGGCCCUUUCCUUUGACCGUUCAUCUAGCCUGGUUUCCGCCCUAUUGCUGUCGCACCCACAUGGCGUAGGAGCGGUGGCGGAUGAUCGACUUCAUCAGGUUUAAAUCAAACUUCGCCGAUAUAUUUAUUCUUGCUCGCGUGCUGUUCACCAUCUUAGGAACCAGAUUCUGGAAUAUCUGACCCAUUUCAUUUUCCUUCCCUUCAGGGAACUGGUUUUCGAUUCCUAUCGAUCAUCUUUUGGGGUUGUCUUCUACGUCUCCCCUUCCUCCUGCCGCCAAACAGACACCGUGGCUGGAUCGAGUGGCAAGUAUAGUUUUCUCUCGCGGGUCACGGAGGAAUUGGUAAAUCCGGCUUAGACCAACUAGGGUGAGAGCACAUGGACAUCUUGCAUAUCCGUCAACAAACUCCCGCAGAAAAGGUGGAUAUCGCGUCGCUUUUGCAGUCUUACGAUGAGGAGGCGGAAAAGAAGGAUACAAAUGCCAGGAACGUGAAAUCGGACCGUGUAAUCGCAGAGGCAGACGUGAAGUCUUUACCUGAUCCUCAGGUCCCAUUAUCCUCAAGACCAGGAAAACGUCUCCAGCCUGCCCCGUCUUUUGAAAUUCCGGCCAAAAAGCAAUCGAAAUGGUCACCCCAGGAAGAUGCUCUGAUCACAGAGCUUCGAGGCAACGGGUUAAAGUGGGAGGACAUCAGCAAAAUGCUGCCCGGACGAAGCGCCCUUAGCUGCCGACUCCACUACCAAAAUUAUCUCGAGCGACGGAGUGAGUGGGAUGAGGACCGUAAGAACAAACUGGCUAGACUAUACGAAAGAUUCAAAGCAGACAUGUGGUCCAAAAUAGCAUUCGAAAUGGGUAUUCCGUGGAGAGCAGCCGAAGCGAUGCACUGGCAGCUAGGAGAGCACGAGAUGGCGAGACGAGCCGGUGUAUUGCCGUUCCUACUCAGGCAUCCAACAACGGAGCAGCCACCGCCAAAGCUGCGCAGAAUCAACACAGCAGCGUCGAGACCGAAACGAGAUUCAGCAGUGCGAGGUUCGGGCCAACAGCUUCCUUCUGUUGCCGAGUUGACUGCUGGCGUACCUGCAUACGCAUCAGGCAAGCUGCGUGAUCUUCAUUCGAAGGUGAAAUCUCCGAAAUCGCCCUCCGAGCAAAAGGUUGGCCAUCAUGGAACACGCCCAAGUGCGAACACUCGUUCUAGGAAAUGAAAUGUCUUUCUUUCGAAGUAGUUGAUAAGAUAGGUUAUGUCAGGACAUGAUUGCAUAGCGUGGGUUGGGCGGCGGAUAGACCGAGGUUUUGUAUGUUUUUCUCCGUUUUGGUUCGUAUUUUUCUUUUUCGUUCUUCUUCUUUCUCCCUAGUAUUCCAAAUCACAUUUCGGGUUUUGCAUACGUUGAUUUAGUCGUGCUUAGCCAUUUUCUCUUUCCACCCCCUCUCAAACUCACUAUUUAUUUCAUUCGUCGUUUCCCCUCUUCUUAUUCCUUUCUUCUCCUUCCCACUCCCUUCCUAUCGCUUGUUGCUUUCAGUUUUUUGACUCUUCGUUAAAUAUCCCAUUUAAUUUUUAUUAUCUCCCCCAAUAUGUUCAAUUGCGCUCCAACUCGAGACUGGAUGCUUUAUAUAGCGGUAGCGACUUAUAUUGUUUGAAUUCAAUCCACUGGUUUUAAGUUUGCAACAGCCCACCAGUUGUCCUUUUCAUAUCCGUGAUCCAAGACUUGACCACCGGCAGCAGCGAUAUCUCGUUCUAGCUCCUGCGAUUCGUACAAAUGAUAGUAGCGAUGAAAGGUCUUGGUCGAAGCCUCGGAUUUGUCGUCCCCGCUUUUUUUUUCUUUUCUCACCCAGGGUACCAUGACAUCCUGGUCAUCUCCAGCAUCCCAUCCCCUUCUGCUGUUCUUCUGUUCCAGUGCCCAGACGUAGAUUAAAGCUUUGCCACCUUCAUACCCACUUCGAGGUGGUUUGAGGGUCUGCAG